GUCUCCGAAACAAACAAACAAACUUAAGAAAACCAAAUUUUCAAAGAUUGAAAUAAAAAAAAAGUACUUGAAAAGCACAGAGAGAAUCUAGGUCCAUUUGGCCCAUACCUACACUCUCUCUGCCAUUAUAAACCAGAAACUUUGAAGCAGCAACAAAGAGAAGUAGCUUUCAUAUUUUUUGAAUUUGGACGCUACUGAUGCAAAUUAUUACUUCACCUCGGUUUUUAUUAUUAUUUGGUGAAUCCAAGGUUCUCUUCUCUUGUUUGUCUCGCUCCUUUCAAUUCCUGUUUAUGCGUUUGAUUAUGUUCAGUGAAGCGGUCAGUUCUUAAAAAAAAUUACUAUUACGUGUACCCAGAUGGAAAUUGUUGCUGAGGACUAACUUCUGGGGCUCACUGUACCAAAAGCUAAAUCGGACAUAUUUUUCUUGCACUUCACUAGUUUGUAAAGAUGUUGUGUGCUUGCUCAGGAGAGCAAUUUAAGUUUGAAGAGGCACCACAGUCUCCAGAUUCAUUAGCCACAAGGGAUUUCUCAGCCAGUGGCCUUUCAUCCAGAACUACUGGAGACUGGGAAUCUAAACUUGAAGAUAUUCAAGUUGAUGAAGCUGAAUCAACUCUUAAAGAAGCUCUUUCAUUAAAUUAUGAGGAAGCUAGGGCAUUGCUAGGGAGGCUUGAAUUUCAGAGAGGGAAUUUCGAUGCUGCCCUUCAGGUGUUUCAGGGUAUUGAUACUAGAAGUUUAACUCCUAAAAUGAUACGAGCUAUUUUCGAAAGAACCCGGCAAAAGAAGCAGCGUGCUAAAGCUGAUAUUGUAGUUUCUAGUGGUAUGUCUAUGCAUUCAGUGAGUCUACUCCUUGAAGCAAUCUUACUUAAAGCAAGAUCGCUGGAGGAACUGGGGCAUUGUAAAGAGGCUGCAAAGGAGUGCAGAAUUAUUUUGGACACAGUUGAAUCAGCAUUACCUAGUGGUAUGCCUGAAGGAAUUGGUGAAGAUUGCAAAUUAGAAGAAAUGUUUCACAAGGCAUUGGAAUUGCUACCCAUUCUCUGGAUAAAGGCAGGAUUCCUUGAUGAAGCUAUAGUAGCAUAUCGGCGUGCUCUAAUCAAGCCGUGGAAUCUAGGUCCACAGAGGUUAGCUGGAGUGCAAAAAGACUUGGCUUCUGUUUUACUCUAUGGUGCUGUUGAAUCAAAACUGGCUCCUCAGUUGCAUGAAUGGGGUCCAGCCACACCCAACAGUAGUACAGAGGAAGCAAUCCUUUUAUUGUUAGUACUCAUGAAUAAGGUAGCUUAUGGAGAAAUCAAGUGGGAUGAAGAAAUCGUAGAUCAUCUGACUUAUGCACUAUCAAUUACUGGUCGAUUUGAGUUAUUAGCGGAGCAUGUGGAGCAGGCCCUACCAGGUGUCUAUAGCCGAGCUGAUAGGUGGUACUUUCUUGCUCUUUGUUACAGUGCUGCUGGACGGAACGAAGCAGCUUUGAACUUAUUACAAAAAGUUUCUGGAUUCUCAGAAUCGAAGCAUAAGCCUCAUAUUCCUUCCUUUCUACUUGGAGCUAAAUUAUGUUCUCAAGAUCCAAAGAAUUCUCAAGAAGGCAUCAAGUUUGCUCGUAAAGUUAUUAAUUCAGCUAGUCAUCACCAUCAACAUUUUGUGGGAGAAGCCCAUAAAUUCCUUGGUAUUUGCUAUGGCAAUGCAGCAAGAAUUUGUUUGUCCGACUCUGAAAGAAUUCUCCUGCAGAGAGAGUCGUUGAACUCUCUAAACCAUGCUGCUCUUAAUAGGCAGGAGGAUUCAGAAGUGAUGUAUAGCCUUGCACUUGAAAAUACACUUCAAAGGAAUAUAGAUGCAGCUUUUGACAAUGCAAUGGCGUAUGCUGAAUGUACGAGUGGGUACUCAGUAAAAGGUUGGAAGUUAUUAGCUCUCGUUAUAUCUGCCCAGCAGCGUCUCAAGGAUGCUGAAACAGUCGUUGCAUUUGCUUUGGACGAGGCUGAGAGAAUGGAUCAGUUUGAACUUCUUAGAUUGAAGGCCGUGCUUCAAAUUGCUCAAGAGCAGCCCAAGCAGGCAAUAGAAACUUAUAGAAUAUUGCUGUCUCUUAUUCAAGCACAGAGAGAUAAUCAAGCCAAUAACAUUGACAAUGCCUAUAUCCUUCAGCCUGAGGCAAAAGCAAAACGAAACCUGGAAAUAGCAGCUUGGCAAGAUCUGGCAUCCAUUUACACAAAACUUGGUUUAUGGACUGAUGCCAAAAUUUGCUUGGACAAAGCCAAGUUGAUGGACAUUCAUUCUCCCAGAAGUUGGCAUUCGACAGGAGCAUUAUUUGAUGCUCAAUCACUAUAUAAGGAAGCAUUGAUUUCAUUCUCAGUUUCACUGUCGAUAGAACCAGAUAACGUUCCAAGCAUUGUCUCAACUGCAAAAGUGUUGAUGAAACUUGGAAGUCAAUCAUUUCCAAUUGCAAGGAGCUUUCUAAUGAAUGCUUUGCGCUUAGACCCCACAAAUCAUGAGGCGUGGUUGAAUCUGGGUCUAAUUUCAAAAAUGGAAGGCUCCUUACAUCUGGCUGCAGAAUUUUUCCAGGCUGCAUAUGAGCUUAAGCUAUCAGCUCCUGUAGGAAACUGAAAAAUUGUUAUCGCCAUUGAACGGCCACCGAUUCUACCCUUAGCAGCAAGGGAAAAUGGGAGCAGAUGGCCUGGCCCCUGGUGCUUGUUCCACUUAAUAUAUCUGUAGUAUAGAUUUCAUGAUUCAUUUGUAUAGCAAUUCCUAUUUUAGCUUUGAAUUAUUCUAUUAAUAUUAAAGAAAAAAAGUUGCCCCUCA